AUGUCUAUACCAACCGAUAUCGCCAACCUAGUGAUAGGAGAGGAUGCUAAGCUUUCAAUUCACUUUGAUGAAAUCCCUCUCCGCAACGAUGGGCCUGGCAAUGGCUCCAGGUUUUAUAUGCUUUCCACAAACCGUGCCCUGAAAGACCACGAAGAAAAGGAAGACGACCUCAGAUACCUAUCUAAAGGCAGACAAAGUGCCAUUAGGCUAAACCAGCUGCUGAACGCCCGCCAUGUCAUAAAAGAAAGAGAAUGCACAGCUCAAGAUGAGGAGAAAGCUGUAAUGCGGCUUGGGGAAACCACUAUGGUUGUCGACGAAACAUUUGAUGCGCAGCCAAUUCACAGCCAUAUCUGGAACUCGUUCAUGUCAACUGAAUUUCGCUUCCCGAAAGCAGACUUCACAUCACUUCAGUAUCUACAAACGUCUUGGAAAGGUCUCGAAUUCGGUGAUACCCUUUUCACCAAGGAGGGAACACCAGCCUUCGAAGAAGUAUCCAUCGUUUCUGGAGUUUGUCUCUUCAAUGCAAGGCUUUUGGAAAUGAGUGCAACGAGCCCGAAAACCGGCGGCAUUGAUAUUGAUCUCCUCAGGAAUUCAAUUCCUACAUACAAUGAACUGGACUAUAUUGCUCGCGCGUCAAGCGCCAUCGCUGAUAUUGCUGCCAUGAACAUCUUAAGGGCUUGCGAGCAGGGUUCCGGACAGCGACUUCAAAUAAAACUUGACAUCCCUAGCUGGCACUACUUCCAUACAGUAGCCACACAAUUUGCCUCAAAGCAAUGUUCGAACACUGAAGCAUUGCAAUGGAUGGACACAGUUGACCAACGACAUGAUCAGAUCGGUCAAGCCUUCGUGGAAGCCAUCAGAGAUGGGCUUGAGCAACGAGGGAUUCGCGACAGCACCAGCUAUAGUAUUGGCAUAACAUCAAGGACAAACCCAGCUGCUGUUGUAAUUCGAACAGCAAUUGAACAUGAAAAAAUUCCCUCGUUGGAUUCCGUUCUCGCCGCAUUGGACUCUGAAGAAGACGGGUGUUGGAAACGAUUCUACGAGAUGAUCCCGACCAAGGAACGACCCUCGAAUCUUGGCCAGCUAGGUUAUCUGUUCUAUGUAUACGAGGCAAUCAGGCCGUCUCUCGUCGAACGACCAACAACAGCCCCUCUGGCAUCUGAAAAGACCAAGACAGCCAACUUGUCCAAGAAGGCAUUGAAGAAGCGAAAACCUCGCCGCCUAAUCAUCAGCGUUGACGACUCUGCGGAACGACGCAUUUACUCCAGAGCUCAAAGGAUACUCAGCAAGAUUCGACAGUCUAGCGAAAAGCCUGAGACUUACUUGGUAGAGUCAUACGUUUGCAGAAGGUUCUUGAUCAAUGGCAACGAAGACAGGGCGCGGCUAGGCCGGUUAGAUCCUCUUCCCGACAUUCCAGUUCGCACGGGUUCCCACCAUGAUCCUAUGCUGCCUCUCGAUGUGGUGCGGCAGCUCUAUGGAGACAACUCAGCUCUCAAUUUGCAGCGAUGGCUUCAAAAAGCGGGACUCUCAGUUUAA